UUUACCGUUCCGUAGAGUAACAUACAAAUCGUGAUUUCGGAUGUAAACAUCAGGCAAUAUGGCGUCCUGGAAGGGACGAGAUGGAGGCCGAGCGUCUUACCACAAAGUUCCAAAUGAUGACAUGCUGGAACAAGAAAACGACAGAAUGGUGUCUACGCUCGCUUCAAAAAUUAGUAGUUUAAAAAAUAUAGCAAUUGAUAUCGACAACGAAGCAAAGUACCAAAAUAAAUAUGUUGGAGAAAUGACAGAUGAUUUUGAUUCUGCUGGUGGAUUUCUUGGUAGUAGCAUGAAUCGAUUGAACACUAUGAUUGCAUCAUCAACUGGCAAUCGAAAAAUGAUGUGUUACUUAAUUUUAUUUUUGGUAUGUGGAUUCUUCUUAUGUUGGUAUCUUGUUGGUCGAUUCAGAAGCUGAAGACAACUAUGGGUUGAUUGAUGCAGCUGUUUUUUAGCAGAUCUUUUUUAGCAAGCCACAUUUCCUCGGAAGACAAAGAAACUAUGAUGUUUUGAUAGCAAAAUAACAAUAUAUUUAAAUGUUACACUAUUAUGAAUUUUGAAUAUGGAAUGUUGAUAUGGUACAAAGGCAUGAACAUUGUGUUAUAUCCAACACUGCAUAAGUGCAAUAAAGUUUUAAUACACAAAA